AUGGAGGGAAGAGAAUUACCGAAUCAUAUCCAGCUUUGAGCCACUCAACCUUUUCGGCGACGUGCUCUCUUACCAAUCACCACUCCUUUUUCUCUCAGUAAUUAUAUCAAACACUUUCUUUGCUCCAUCAAUCGCCACAACAACGCAAUCGCCUCUGUUCUUCUUCGCAAAUGGCAAUCUCCGUCGUCGCAGCUUCUUCUCUUAGCCUUAAACCGUCCAAUUUCGCCGUCCAGAGAUCGGCGGCUGAUCUACGCCGCCAUGUUCCAAUUCCUUCACUCGCAAGGACUUCUUCUUCGUUCAAAGUCGAGGCCAGUGGCGGCAAGAAAAUCAAGACCGAUAAGCCCUACGGAAUCGGCGGAGGCAUGAACUUGAGGAACGGCGUUGAUGCUUCCGGCAGGAAGCCGACGGGCAAGGGAGUAUACCAAUAUGUGGACAAGUACGGCGCCAAUGUUGACGGAUACAGUCCUAUCUACAACACUGAUGAAUGGUCUCCAACCGGUGAUGUAUAUGCUGCAGGUACAACUGGGCUGGCUAUUUGGGCCGUAACACUUCUGGGCCUGCUUGCAGGUGGGGCCCUUCUAGUCUACAACACAAGUGCUCUGGCCCAGUAAUCCCAACUAGCCCAUGUCUAUUUCUUCCAAUUGAAACCUGAUUGUAUUAUAAUGCACUCCUCUUAUGUUCAUCGAUUAAAUUAUUACUACUUUUCAGACUGUUCUUUGUGCUCAUCGAUUAAAUUAUUAGUAUUUUUAAAGACAA